AUGUGCUGUUGCUCGGUAAAAUGCUGCAGAAUAUAUCUAGCAGUAUUAGCAACCAUCGUGAUCAUUGCUGGAAUAGUAGUAUGUGUCUUCUCCGCGAUGGUUAAAAAUGAAGCAAUCUUUGAUUUUCACGAUGACUUGCAAAAAUAUCGGCGUAUUCCUUUUGCAAUUUCUCUGACUUUUGGGAUAAUUAUGCUAUUAACUGGACUCUUUACCUUUUUUGUCUCCUAUAAGUAUAACAGAAUCAUGAGAAUAAUACUUGGAUUUUUGAGUUUUAGUUUAUUUAUCACUUUCAUUGUCUUUGGCUCACUUCUAAUCAAAGAAUAUAAUGAAGGAAUGGAGGUCCUUGAUUAAGUGUGCAGAAGAAUGGAUUCAAAAGACUAUGAUGAGAAUAAUGAUAUGCAUAAUCUAAUCUUAUUCGCUGGAGAAUAUGACAUGAUACUUUUGCUUUCCUCAAAUACUUUUAUGUGCUCUGAAAUUUGCCCUUGUAAGAAGGCUGAUAUUAAUCUAUGGAAUGAAAGAUCUCUUAACUACAUAGGAAGAACUAAAUACUAAUAUAAUGAUACGGAAUAUAAUUAAAAUUAUGAUUUUGAUCCACUUAUUUUCCGCGAUAAAGGUGGAUACAGUAAUUUCUUCGAGUGCUUGGAAAUUGACAAAGCGAUUGAUAAAAAACAUCCUGAUGAAUCAGAAAUAAUACCUGAUAGCAUGCUACGGUUUAUAAAAAACCUUGAGGAUACCUAUCAUUGCAACAAUUUCUGUGAGUCUGGUGAAUUCUAUUUAUUCAGAGAUAUAACUGAAGGUCCACCAAGAAGUAACUGUAUGAAACCAAUCCAAUCAUUGCUUAAAAGAUUAUUUCAAAGUGGUGGAGCUAUCAGUUUCUUUGCCUCAUUCUCAUCAUUCUUCUUGCUUGUAGGUUUGUUCUUCAAUUGUAGGUAUAAGAGCUUGAAGGAUUAUGAACAAUGGAAUAACUAAAAUUAAAAUAGAGAAAAUGAUAAUUCUGCGAUAGGAUAGUUCAAAAUUGACGAAUCCAAUGACAUUGGCUAUUAAAAUAAAAUAGGUCAGAAAGGUUUCCAAAAAAGAAAAGAUGUAGUUGGAGGUAGAACUGUAAACAUUGAUGAAGAUGGUCAAGUGUAGGUUGAAUAUGUACUCACUAAUAAUUAAGAUUCAUUUAGAAAUGAGCCUGAUCCCAGAUAGUCUAUUUAGAAGCUAAAUAAAAAUUAUGACGAUACCAAGAUAUGA